CAUGACAAGCUGGAAUGGGCAGUGCCAUGGGCCUGUGAGUAACAGCUGAACACUUGUAAAGAAGACUGGGGUCUGGACUGGCCACGGGGCUUGCACUUUGAAGGCACAAUACGUUUUCAAGCCACUCCGGGAGAGGGAGCCAGCAACGACAACACAAUCAGCGCAGCCAAGGAGACCGGUUAAAAACUUUCCCCCAAAUUCCCGACUCAGAGAGGGGGAGAAAAGAAGGGGAGAAGUGCCAAACAAAAGCAUUCUUAGCUUUCAAGCAAAACAAUAACUUUGGGAAAAUAAUUUACUUCAAAUACAAAUUCAAUGAGAUUAGGCGUAACGGAACGCGUCUCCAGCAAGAAUCCGCUACUUUUAUUCAACAUUCUGAAUACUUAAAACCACGGAUUGAGUGCUGCAGCAACACUGAAUGAAACAAAGUUUCGUAAAAAAAAAACAGAAUGGAAACGAAAAUGCGAAUCACGUGGGCACUUCUUCCACUUGGUUUUCUACUUCACUGUACUCAUGCUGAUCCAACACAAACAACCUUUAUCUCUUCAACUCUCUACAAGCCUCUAACUUCAGAGGUCAACAUAUCCACUAUCCACACCCCUGUUUCUGAUCCAGACCCCAACUACACAAAAAAUGACAUUUCCACCCAUUCAGUUACCUCCUCCAGUCUAAUCAAUGGGACCGGGACUACACUAACCAGCCUUACCGUACCAAGUGGGACCGCGCUGAGCACCUCUACCGCUGGGAGGUCCAGUGGUAAUGUGGAGUCCACCACCAUGACUACUACUGGACUGGACUCCACUAGCUCCACCGGAACCGACACCCAGACUACCACUAGCUCCACCAGAACCGACACCCAGACCACCACUCGCUCCACCGGAACCCACACCACCGCGCAAUUCACUAGCUCCUCAGGAACCCUCACCCAGACCCCCACUAGCUCCACCGGAACCGACGCCCAGAACACCACUAGCUCCACCGGAACCGACGCACAGAUCAUCACUAGCUCCACCGGAACCCACACCACCGCGCAAUUCACUAGCUCCUCAGGAACCCUCACCCAGACCACCACUAGCUCCGCCGGAACGCCUCACUCCACUGCAGUCACACCGGUGGGUGGGCGACAUACUCCAAUCCUUACAACCCCAUGGUCAAGGUCGUCCUCUCCAUCCCAGCAACCUUCCACAUCCAGCCCUGUGGGUUCGGGAAGCAGUGUUGCUAUCACCACAACCCGUGCACAGGGAGGAAUGGUGUUAACAACCAUGGCUGAGACUACAACCACGACGGCCACUACCACAAGUCCUCCCAAGAGCUUUAUGUUUGUCAUGUCCAAAAGAAAUGAAGAGAAUCAUGAGAACAAGGACCUGGAGGCGCUGUGUCGACACCUGAUGUCUCAAAUGCACGACGCUAACUGUACUCUGGCUGCGAGAGAGAACAACGGACAAACCACCGUUGACAGCGUGGUAAUUACCGGCAAAGUGGACAACGCUGUCGUCCAGCAAUACUAUGAGGAAAUCACCAGAAAACAAAGUGACAACAUGACCCUGAUUGCCAUUUUGGCGUCCUGCGGAGCUCUGCUGGCCAUGAUUGUAGGCUUCGCCCUCUACGCCGCAUACCACCGCAAGUCCUAUCGGAAGAACCACCAACAACACCUGACAGAGGAGAUGCAGACGGUGGAGAACGGUUACCACGACAACCCCACGUUGGAGGUGAUGGAGGUGCAGCAGGAGAUGCAGGAGAAGAAGGUGGCCCUGAAUGGAGAGUUCAACGACAGCUGGAUUGUCCCCAUCGACAACCUGCUCAAAGAAGACAUGCCAGAUGAGGAGGACACUCACCUGUAGAGGGGGACCGGAACAGACAGGGGUGCUACUAUAUUCCCUCGACCAACUGACUCUCCCUUCCCUGCACCGUUACAAGGGCCCUGUUUAGUAGAGGGUUCUAGCUCCCAACGUUGCAGGUAGAAAUGUAUUCUAUAUAGAAUGUAUACAACCUUAAAUAAUGGGAUUUGAGAAAUCACACAAUUGUGACAGUUCUAUGCAAUGCAUUUCUAUCCGCAACACUUUUAAUGUUCCUCCCCAUUGAACCAGACCCAAGGCAACAACACACAGACACCACCUGACAAAUCUGGAGAAAAUAACACCCAGAGGAUGACAGGUUCUGGAAACCCAUCCGGCCUAAACGGGUGUCUGAGUCCCAUCGCUGUGACCAUGGAAAUGUAACAGGCCAUUUGGAGAAUACUACACCAAUCAACAUUGUGCCUAGUUUUAGGAGAUAUUCAAUAAAUAUUUGGGAAAUGUAACUCUCAAACAUACACAAUCCCAUUUUAAGCGCCAUUGAGUGUUUAAGGUACUUGAUGUACCGCUACAUAGUUAUUGAUUUAAUUGGGAAAACCAAACACUCAAACCACCAAUAUUUCAGGGUGGAGUGUAUGAACUAAAAUCUGCAUGUUCUUUAUGCUGUAAUCAAUGUAAUCCACAAAAGUGCAUUGAAUUGUACACUUGAGCACCUGUACAUAGUAUUUUCUUAUAUUUUCAGAGAAAAUGGAAGCUGAAACUUUGUAAUACUGUAACACUACUUGCCUUUAUGGUUAAAUCUCAAUAGUAUUGAUUUAAAGAAAAUGACCUCAGGAUAAAGUGAAAUAAUCAUCCUGGUGAUUGAAUUAAACUACUAGUGAAUCUCAGCUCUGACGACCUGGCAGUGGCUGCUGUAUAGAAGCCAUGUACUGGUGAAACAACAGGGUCCCUGGAGACACUGCUGGGACAGGAGCUUCUACAGAUAUCAAGGGGAAAAACACUGUAAAUAGUCAUUUGAAAGUUCUAAAGAAUUUUACUUUGGGCCGGUUUCCUGGACAUAGAUAAAGCCUUGGACUUUAGAGCCCUUUCAACUAGGCUUUUUAGUCUAGUGUAACGGAUGUGAAACGGCUAGCUUAGUUAGCGGUGUGCGCUAAAUAGCGUUUCAAUCGGUUACGUCACUUGCUCUGAGACCUUGAAGUACUAGUUCCCCUUGCUCUGCAAGGGCUGCGGCUCUUGUGGAGCGAUGGGUAACGAUGCUUCGUGGAUAACUGUUGUUGAUGUGUGCAGAGGGUCCCUGGUUCGCGCCCGGGUAUGGGCGAGGGGACGGUUUAAAAUUGUACUGUUGCACUAGGACUGGGGUUACUCUAUCAGGGAGGCUGGACCCUAAAGAUACAGUUGAAGUUUACAUACACUUAGGUUGGAGUCAUUAAAACUAAUUUUUCAACCACUUCACAAAUGUCUUGUUAACAAACUAUAGUUUUGGCAAGUCGGUUAGGACAUCUACUUUGUGCAUGACACAAGUAAUUUUUCCAACAAUUGUUUAGACAGAUAAUUUCACUGUAUCACAAUUUCAGUGGGUCAGAAGUUAACAAAAUUCCAGAAUUGUGUCAUGGCUUUAGAAGCUUCUGAUAGGCUAAUUGACAUCAUUGGAGUCAAUUGAAGGUUUACCUGUGGAUGUAUUUCAUAGCCGACCUAGAAACUCAGUGCCUCUUUGCUUGACAUCAUGGGGGAAAUCAAAAGAAAUCAGCCACAAGUCUGGUUCAUCCUUGGGAGCAAUUUCCAAAUGCCUGAAGGUACCACAUUCAUCUGUACAAACUAUAGUACACAAGUAAAAACACCAUGGGACCACGCAGCCGUCAUACCACUCAAGAAGGAGACACGUUGUCUCCUAGAGAUGAACGUACUUUGGUGCGAAAAUGACCUAUAUCUACAGUAAAACGAGUCCAAUAUCGACAUAACCCGAAAGGCCACUCAGCAAGGAAGAAAGAAGCCACUGCUCCAAAACCACCAUAAAAAAAGCCAGACUACAGUUAGCAACUGCACAUUGGGAAAAAUAUUGUACUUUUUGGAGAAAUGUCCUCUGGUCUGAUGAAACAAAAAUAGAACUGUUUGGCCAUAAUGACCAUUGUUAUGUUUGGAGGAAAAAGAGGCUUGCAAGCCAAAGAACACCAUCCCAACCAUGAAGCACAGGGGUGGCAGCAUCAUGUUGUGGGGGUGCUUUGCUGCAGGAGGGUCUGGUGCACUUCACAAAAUAGAUGGCAUCACGAGGAAAAAUGUUGUGGAUAUAUUGAUGCAACAUCUCAAGACAUCAGUCAGGAAGUUAAAGUUUGGUCGUAAAUGGAUCUUCCAAAUGGACAAUGACCCCAAGAAUACUUCCAAAGUUGUGGCAAAAUGGCUUUAGGAGAACAAAGUCAAGGUAUUGGUCAUCACAAAGCCCCGAUCUCAAUCCCAUAGAAAACUUGUGGGCAGAACUGAAAAAGCUUGUGCGAGCAAUGUCUACAUCCUGACUCAGUUACACCAGCUCUGUCAGGAGGAAUGGGCCAAAAUUCACCCAACUUAUUGUGGGAAGCUUGUGGAAGGCUACCCAAAACGUUUGACCCAAGUCAAACAAUUUAAAGGCAAUGCUUCCAAAUACUAAUUGAGUGUAUGUAAACUUCUGACCCACUGGGAAUGUGAUGAAAGAAAUAAAAGCUGAAAUAAAUCAUUCUCUACGAUUAUUGACAUUUCACAUUCUUAAAAUAAAGUGGUGAUCCUAACUGAGCUAAGGCAGGGAUUUUUUUUACUAGGAUUGAAUGUCAGGAAUUGUGGAAAACUGAGUUUAAAUGUAUUUGGCAAUGGUGUAUGUAAACUUCUGACUUCAACUAUACAUAUUUUAUUAUUUGCUGAUGUUAACAUUGUGUGGUAAUUUGUUAAACACCAGGGAUGACUUGUUACAUAGGCCUCUGCACAUUUUCAUUUUUGUUUGUUACCAUUUGUCAAAUCAACUGAAUAGAAUGUAUUUAAAUAUCCAAUAUGUGAUUCUGGCAAAACAUAUUCAAAUUCAUGUAGAAUUCACAUGGACACAAUAAUUCCCAAUUAUAUUUAAGCUGUAAAAUCAACCAACACCAAAACAAUCCACCACUUAUUCUACACAUUCCUAUGUACUGUUUGUCAUUAGUUAUUGUGUACAGUCACUCACUCGUAUUAGAUUUCUUUAACUUUUACACCAAAGUAUUUAGCAGUUGUAUGUAUUUAUGGUUUGUUUGCUGAUGAAGCCAAACAACAGGGGGUCUGACACACUGGAAGCUGUGCCUCGUCUAUCAUGACCAGGGCAGCCAUGUUUUCUUAUACCAAUAAAGAUUUGCCAAUAAAAACACACUUAUUUCAAA